CUUCGGCUGCUGUCUGCAAACUGGAAAGUCCCCUUCAGACAGAGGUUCGCGUCAGGAAAACUGCUGUUAGCCUUGUCAUUUUAAAUUAGGUAUAUUAAAUUUUCCUUCCAUUCGAUGCAUCCAUAGAUCUACAUUUCUAGGUGUUAGUUCAGCUCUGGAUUAUUAUUAUUAUUUUUAGCUAACCGAUUAGAUGUUCCCUUUGUAGUGCUAGCUGGUGUUAGCAGGCUAGCUCUUUGUGUGGCUAGCUGCUAGCCGAGCGAUGUUUUGUUGUUAAACUGAGCAGCCCCCCCGUCGUCUGGGAAGGAGAUUCAUCAGCUGUGUAUGGAAAAAACGCCCCAUUGACGCCUUCUUUUCCUCUGCCGCUGUCUGUGAAAGUGACCCUUAAAAUUAGUAAAGCGAAGCUGACAGAGGGGAGAGUUUGAUUGAAGAGGGAGGAGAUGGGAAACUGUCUGAAAUCUCCCACUUCGGAUGACAUUUCUUUGCUACAUGAAUCUCAGUCGGACCGGGCCAGCUACGGAGAUGGUACUGAUCCCGAUCAGGAGCCGCCGCCCCCAUAUCAGGAGCAAAUCCACGUGCCUGUCUACCACCCAACGCCCAGCCAAACCCGGCUGGUCACUCAGCUGACCGAAGAGGAGCAGAUCCGAAUCGCCCAGCGCAUCGGACUUAUCCAGCACCUCCCAAAGGGCGUGUAUGACCCGGGAAGGGACGGCUCAGAGAAGAAGAUUAGAGAGUGCGUCAUCUGUAUGAUGGACUUUGUCUAUGGAGACCCCAUCCGGUUCCUGCCCUGCAUGCACAUCUACCAUAUGGACUGUAUAGAUGACUGGCUGAUGAGAUCCUUCACCUGCCCCUCGUGCAUGGAGCCUGUGGAUGCUGCACUGCUUUCUUCUUAUGAGACCAACUGACACAAACACCUUUGGACCAAACUGGACACACACAAACCUAUAUAAAUAUAUACCCACACACAUGGAAUAUGCAUACAAAUGAAAAUACACACAACACUUCCAUCCUUGCUGUAUCCUGGAUUAGUAAGAUGGUGAUAUAAAAGCAGUGCUCAUGUUAAAGAUAUAUGAUGACCUGUUCUGUGUGUGUGUGUGUGGGUGUGCGUAAGUGUUUGUGUAUUUGUGUAUGCACAAUUUCCUCAGUUGGCCUGCUGGACAGGAUUACAUCUGGGAAAAGACUGGAAGAAUGAAGGGUUUUUGUUCUAAGGAUAAGCAGGAAGAAGCUGCACUGAGGAAAGAAAUGAAAGACUGGAGCUGGUGGGGGUGGGGGGGUACAUCGGGGCAUUGUAAAGGGACAUCAAAGGUAAUGGAUGGUGGAUUAAUUGUUAUGGUUCAAAAACUUUUUCAAAGUCUGGUUUUAAAUUUGCCAUACACGCACCCUCUUCCUUAACUUUAGUUGGCGUGAUUGAAAUGAGCCUGAGAGACUGCAGGACUGCUGACACCUGAUUACUGUAAUGUCGCGCUGCAGGAAGAGGGGGCAGGAAUUCAGAAUCCUUCAGAAAUGCUGCCAGAUGACUCUCUCAGUCAAAAAUGCUGCAAAGACUGCUGUAGAUGCAGACAUGUGGUUUAAAGACUGCUAGAGAUGGACAUCAGACUUUAGACUAACUUUUUUUUUUUUUUUUUUUCUCCAGACAUACCAGAGACCUGUUCUCGUCUUUGGUAGACGGACCUCGAGUCGUCUCUGUACAGAUCUUUGCUGUGAAAAAUCAGAUCAGUUGUUUGGUGGAGUCACUGUACCGUAAAAUCUGCUCUUUGUUUCUUUCCAGUCAGCAUAAGGGCUCUGAUAAACCAGUGUUUACCACCAACACAGCCGUGAUAAAAGGAAGUACAGUGUGCGCUGUAGUCACUGAUGUAGAAGUGGUAGCGUUUUGCUGUCAAGGUUUUUACUUCUUAUUGAGUGAGAUCGCAGAUUAUUGGCCAAAGCACAAUAAACCAGUUAACGAACCAUAAAUACACACUAGAUAUUUGCACUUCUUAAUCAGACCAGAGAUAAGAGGACCAUAUGCAUUUGUAAUUAUUUGAAUGUAAAAUAUCUGAUUUGCUUUACGUACAUCCUCAUUACCACUGCAAUGACUUGUAAUGAAAGCCACUGCCUCUGUGGACCAGGAGUUGGUACUUAAUUUAUUACAGAGAUUAACCAAACUACUGAAUUAAUUCCAAGGAUUGCGCCCCUGUUUGUGCUAAAGACAAAAUUAAAGCAUAAAUAAGGUUGGGCUCAUUUAAUGUGCUUGCAUUUAAAAAAAAAAAAAAAAAAAAAAGUUUCAUUUAACUUCUUGUCCUGCAAAACUUGCGACUUUGUGUCUAAAACUACAUUUAGACACAAAACACGUAGGCUGGCUGCCGCCACCAUCAGGCAGCAGAAAACUAUCAGGAUGUGGUCAGAAUUGCGAUGUAUAGGCUUAUGUGCAGUUUCAAUUUAGAAAUGUUCUAUUUCUAUGCAUUUUUAUUUUCCUCAUUUACUUGGCAUCGAGUUGAUACCUCUGUAAAGGAUCUCCUUGCCACAUUAUAAACUGUCUAUUGCCCAAGUCACCCGGUUUACAAUAAAAGCACAAAGAAAUAUAAAGUUUUCUUUUAUGGUGUCCUAACUUUACCAUGUGAGUGAGUCUGUAAAUGUAAAUCCUGCAGGAAAUGGUCAAUCUUUAAGCUCCCCUUGCAUUGUGGGAUUGAUGUGGGUCAAAGUUUGAAUUUGCCUUUAGUGAUCUGUGAAUGCUUUUUCAAGGCUUUAUGUGUGUUUUUUACAGAAUUUGGUGGGUGGACAAGGUCGGUGGCAGGCAGUACCUUAGUUUUUGCACAGUACUGUCAUGUACUUAACUCUUUAUGUUGUGAAUUGUCCUCCAUCAUUAAGGUGGAACUCCAUGGCCUUAGGUUAUACACAAGUGAAGGGUUGAUAUCUGUUGCUAAAGUGUGAGGAGUCUAGCUAAUUAAAAGAAACAAGUGGGGGGUGAUGGGGAGACUGUUUAGACUGGAAAUGCUGCUGCUGAGCUGUCAGACAUUAUACAUGUCAUGUAAUGAAGAAUUCAGGAGGUGUGUCAGAAAAUGUCCCACUACAUUGUCACAAAACUAAUAAAUGAACUGUGUGUGUGUAUCGUGGUUUCCUUUUGGUUCCCUCUCUUUAGGUCUGUGCUCGCGUCCCACGCCUUCUGCAUUCUUCGUUAGUGCUGCGGUAAAGCAGAUGACACAUUUUUCCUCUGGUUUCAGUCUGGACUUGAUCAAAGCGAGGUGGAGCCCACCAUGCAAAAAACUGUGGUAAUAAACAUGCCGUCGUAUUUGAC